GUCAUUAGAGGGACAAGAUGGAGCUCAGUCUACUGCCUGUGAUGCUCUUGCUGUUUUCACUCAUACCAGUGGUCCAGGCUCAAGGGAGUCCUAAAGCUGUGGUGUCCAUAAAGCCUGAUACACAUGUGUUCAUUGGAGAGAUUGUUAUUCUCAGAUGUGACAUACAGGGAGGAGGAAACACUCAGUGGACUUACAGCUGGAAGAAAAAUAAUAACAAACUGUAUAAAGACUUAAAUAAGAGAAAUUACAUAAACAACACAAUGCAGGAGUUAAUAAUCUGGUCUGUUAAAGACUCUGACAGUGGAACCUACAGCUGCAGAGGACAUGGGAGAGACUCUCAGAGCUCAGAGAUAAGUGAUGAUGUUACACUGACUGUAUCAGUAAAACCCAAACCGACUGUGAGAGUGAAUCCUCAGAGCUCCGUCUACACUGGAGACACCGUCACUCUGAGCUGUGAGCUGCAGCAGGGGACUGGAUGGGAGUUUCACUGGUACGAAAAUAACCAGCGGUUAUGGAAUCUGAACAGUAAACAAGUGAACACACUUAAAGUGACAGUCGAUAAUGCAGGAGAAACAGAGUACAAGUGUCAAGCAUACGGGAGAAACUACUACAACUAUAACACAGAGUUCAGUGAUCCUGUCAAGAUUACAGUUAGAGGUAGACCAAAGCCUGUGGCAUCAAUAAAUCCCAAUAAUCAGGUGUUCAGUGGAGACAAUGUCACUCUGAGAUGUGACAUACAGGAUGAAAGUGUCUCUAGCUGGCAGUACAGCUGGUAUAAAGAUACUUCACACAGUCCUGUCAGUAGUGAACAGGUGUACAGUAUCAGUGGUGUUGAAGUGACCCACACAGGUACAUACACCUGUAGAGGAACAGAGAGAGGAGGCUCACGCUCCUCACACUCCAGUGAUGUUAUUACACUGACUGUAUCAGAGAGACCACAGGCAGUACUGAGUGUAUCUCCACACAGCUGGCUGACUGAAGGAGACUCAUUGACUCUAAGCUGUGAGGUUACAGACUCCUCUACAGACUGGACAUUCAGCUGGUACACAGUUGUUUCCUACAGAGACGGAUUAACUGGAAUAAAUAAUAAUCGUGGCUAUAUUGUGUAUGUGGAGCUCCUCACAGACAGCAGCAGAGUAUCUGGAGGCAAAUACACUCUCAGUCCUGCUGCUCUUAAACACACAGGAGUUUAUAUGUGCAGAGGAGAGAGCGGAGAAUCAGCCCUUCACACACAGUACAGCAAUCUACAGCCACUAUGGAUCACUGGUGAAUCUCCUCCAGUCUCUCUGAUCAUCAAACCCAGCAGAACUCAACACUUUCCUAAAGACUCUCUCUCACUGAGCUGUGAGGACCAGAGUAAGUCUACUGGCUGGACAGUGAGACGAUACACACGCAGUGAGAGUGUUUUAGAUUGUUCACACUGGGGAUCAGUUAUAGGAUCUACAUGUAACAUCAGCUUCCUCUCCACAUCCUACACUGGAGUUUACUGGUGUGAGUCUGAAUCUGGAGAAAACAGUAAUCCUGUCAGCAUCGCAGUGCAUGAUGGUGAUGUGAUCCUGGAGAGUCCUGUCCAUCCUGUGACUGAGGGACAUCCUCUGACUCUACGCUGUUUAUAUCACAACCCAAAUCCUUUAAACCUCCAAGCUGAUUUCUAUAAAGAUGGAUCUGUUCUCCAGAACCAGACUACAGGAGAGAUGAUCAUCCAAACUGUCUCAAAGUCAGAUGAAGGUUUCUACCACUGUGAACACCCAGAGAGAGGAGAGUCACUGAAAAGCUGGGUCUCAGUCAGAUGUGUAGAAGCUCCAUUCUCAGUGCUCAUGCUGAUCUGUAGUGUGGUGACGGCCUCUCCAUAUCUGCUGGUGACCAUCAUUCUGCUGCUCAUAUGUUACAGAGCUCGAGAUCACACUGAUGAAGACAGAAUUGAGAAUGCAGUCAUAGAGGCGUGAGCAAAAUUCAUCUAUAAAAAGAAGAUACAUUUAGUAUAAUAUAUAUUAUUCCAGAAUUUCCUUUUCUUUAUGGUUUUGUGCGGAUUUUAAAACAAUACUGAUUUGUAAUUUAAAUGUCCUGCUGUUAUUUGCUCAUCAUAUUAUAGACACCCUCAUUGUUGUGAAUGGCUUUAUUUAGAUAAUGUCUGCAAACCUGCUCAUGAGGUGAAAAUUACCGUGUGUGUACAGUAGUGUCCAAAAAGCCCCACAGCCAGCUUUUUUAUGCAAUAUAAAAAUGUUAUCUGAAAUAUAACAUAAUAAUUCACAGUAUUAGUUCUACCACUGCUGCAUUUGUAUUGCUGUUUUUAUUCUAUUUGUUUGUGAGAUUUCCUCUAUAUGAAAUGUUUUGAUCAAUAAAAUAAAUCAUUAUUAUCAAUUCA